CUUCUCAUCCUACCAAAGCGGUGACUUUGGCACGGUUCAAAUGGGAAACCAAGAUAGAAGCAAGAUUGUUGGGAUAGGAGACAUCGUCCUAACAACUAGCACCGGAUGUAAGCUUGUGCUCAAGGAUGUGAGGCAUGUCCCGGCCAUGCGCCUCAAUCUUAUCUCUGCUGGAAAGUUAGAUGAUGCUGGUCUGAUGAACUACUUUGGUGAAGGAAAAUGGAAGCUCACCAAAGGAAGUCUGGUCAUGGCUCGAGGAAAGAAGGAAGGCUCAUUGUACGUGAUGCAAGCCAAGCUCUGCAAAGGGGAAGUAAAUAUAACCACUGAUGACAUGGAGGUAUGGCACAAACGACUUGGACACAUCAGUGAGAAGGGACUCCACAUACUCGCUCGCAAGCAUCUCCUCCCGGACAUGAAAGGGCAUUUGUUCACAUUCCCAAAGAUGAGCGAGCAAAGCUUGAUGCAAAGACAAAGGAGUGUAUCUACCUUCGCUCACCCAAGGAUGAAUUUGGCUAUCGGCUAUGGGAUCCAAUCAAUAAGAAGGUUGUUCGUAGCAGAGAUGUCAUCUUCUUCGAAGAUCAAACGAUUGAAGAUAUUAAGAACUCGGAGAAGCCAAGAUUGAGAAGAAGCAAGAACACCGAACUUACUCCAAUUCAACGUGAGGAUGACACACAUCAAGAUAAUGAUGAUGAAAACCAUGAGCAAAGCAACCAAGAGACUCAUGAUGAAUCAAAUCAGGAAGAUCCUCAAUCUAGUUCUCUGCCAGCACCAGAGCCGAGGCGAUCCUCUAGGGAGAGAAGACCAUCCAUCCGGUAUAACACCGAAGAUUACAUUACACUCACAGAUGAGGGGGAGCCGCAAAGUUACAAAGAAGCAAUCAAUAAUAUUCAUAAAGAAGAGUGGAGAAAAGCCAUGCAAGAAGAGAUGCAAUCCUUGCAUGAGAAUCACACUCAUGAACUUGUGGAGCUGCCAAAAGGGAGAAGAGAUAAGUGUGUAUAUCGAAUCAAGACCGAAGAUAGAAGCUUGAAAUCUCGCUCUAAAGCUCGGUUCAUCAUCAAAGGAUUCCAACAAGGAAAAGGCAUGCACAAUGAAGAAAAAUUCUCUCCCAUGGUAAAGAUAUUGCUGAGAAGUUCUCGAGAAAAGAAAUUUCAUCUUGACAAGGUUCACACAGACGAAAAACUGGUCAAACAUGAUGACCAAGGUAAUACCGACAAACAAGUUCGAAGACUGUUGUCAAGGUGCAGGUUUGCUACUACCCCCCAAUUAAGUCGCGAGGGGGAGAUUUGUUGGGAUCCCUCCUUAAUUGGAGAGGUUCUAGAAAAUUCUAGAGCUUUCUAGAUAAGUAUAGAAUUUUCUAGAACGUUCCGGAGAAUCCUAGAGAAGUCUAGAACUCUCUAGAAGCUUGUGGAACAGUGUGGAAUCCUCUAGAAUAUUCUAGA